AUGGAUAUUGUGAAGGGCAGUCUAGAGGAUAUCUCACGUCCAGCGUCCAGCGAGCGUACUCGUCCUGGAAGUCGGGUAGCCACUGUAUCUUUGCCUGAUUGCGGGAAGGUGAGCAACGACAACCCAAGAUCUCUGGAAGUCCUGAGCUCCGAUGUCAUUGGCACACAGGACAUAGUCUCUUCAGAGGACAUAGUCUCUUCAGAAGACGUGCCCUCUGAUCAAGAUACCUCUGAUGAGGAGGCUGAAGAUCCAGAGCUGCAGAAAGCCAUUAAGAAAAUGAAGAGACUUGAUAAGAUCUUGGAGCAGGCAGUCUCCAAAGAGGAAGAGGUUAAGAAGAGAGGAAAGGAGCUACAUAGGAGGCUAUGGCAAGAGUUGGAAGAUAUCAAAAAUGAGACGACCUCAGAGCGCACUGAUGAGGCAGAAAAUACCAGAAUGUUCCUGGCACUAAUGUCUUCUGAUUCCCAAACAUCUGGUGAAGAAGAGAGCUUUGAGCCAUUAUUUGAGACUCAGAUUCCGGAAAAAGACUCUAAUAUGGAUGUCGAGCAUUGGGAAGAAGAAGAAAGCAAGCAAAGUGAUGCAGUGAGCCCUUCAGAGGAGGGUCAGGAGAUGAGAAGAGGUGAGUUAGUCGCUAAACACCGUGGAGCUGCCAAGGACAAGCAGAAACAAGACUUUGUGAAGAAAAACAUAGAGCUAGCAGGAGGUGCAGGGAACCUGGUUCUCCUGACACAGGAAGAGAAAGAAAGACUCGAGGAGCUCCUUCGGGAUCUGGACGAAGAGGAGGAAAAUGUUGACAAAUCGGCCAGGCCCGAGGUACAGGGUUCUCUUUAUUCCGAAUUUGUGCCAACUGGCGAGGGUUAUACCCCGGCGCCGGCCGAGCUGGACCAGCUCAUGCACAUCGAUGCCAGACUGCAGCCUCUGCUCCCUGUCGAGGAGUUCCUGUCUGUGCGGAGCCCCUAUCCUGACCACAGCUUGCCCCAGGUGUGUGCUAUACAUUUAGACCGUCUGUGCAUUUUACUGCCCUUUGGGUUCACAAAGGACAGGGAACUGGGCUCUGGAGGAGAUCUGGGUUCUGAGUGCUGGUUACCAGGGGAACGGGUUCUGCAGGACAUGAGGGAGAAGAGAAAGCAGGAGAUUAGACUCAGGGAGAUUCAGCAGCAGCUGGAGCAAUUGGAACAAAGCCCAGAAAUCAUUACGCCAGUGCUACCUGAGGAACAGCUGAAGAGCCUGCUGUUCGAGUGUGAGCAGUUCCUGAGCAGAACGUCAUGUUCGGCAAUAGAAGAUUCGUCACAAAGGGCCCUCUCUCUGCUGGACAGCCAAGGCUCCUGCCUGCUGGUCAGCAGUCCUCGCCUGUCAAGCUCGGAUCUGUCCGAACUGCUGAAAGAAAACUGUGAGACCCCUGAUGCCCCUGCUACCGUCCCAGAGUUGGAUGAGCCCAACUCAGACACCCAGGAGUGCGGGAGGAUGAAUGGAGAAACGAUAGGCUCACAGUAA